UAGCACGAUCCAUAUAAUCAAUAUCCAAAUAACGGAGCACCACAAAAGCUGUGACUCAAUGGACUUUCUUCCUUUCAUGAUUUUGUUUGCAUGCAUACUUGCUCCCUCUCUCAAAAUUUCCAUAGCAAAUGAUUCUAUCAACGUGAUCCAGUCCAUGAGUGAUGGGAAGACCUUGGUGUCAAAAGGUGGAAAGUUCGAACUUGGUUUUUUCAGCCCAGGUAGUUCCCAGCAACGUUACCUUGGCAUUUGGUACAAGAAUGUCUCAACUCAGACAGUUGUUUGGGUUGCAAAUAGGGCAAACCCUAUCAAUGGUUCCUCAGGCAUCUUAACAGUGAACUCCUCAGGUAAUCUUAUUCUCACUCAAAAUGGGUCUCUUGUUUGGUACACCAACUCUCACAAACAAGCACAGAAUCCAGUGGUAGAGCUCUUGGACAGUGGCAAUCUUGUGAUAAGAAAUGAGGCCGAAACAAACCCAGAAGGGUACUUGUGGCAAAGCUUUGAUUAUCCAUCUGAUACACUCUUGCCAGGGAUGAAAUUGGGAUGGGACCUCAAAACCGGUUUGGAAAGGAGAUAUACUGCAUGGAAGAGUCCGGAUGAUCCAUCAGAAGGAGAUGUUUAUAGGGUUUUAAAACUCUAUAAUUAUCCUGAGAUUUAUACGAUGAAGGGCGCAAAAAAAUUGUUCCGGUUUGGUCCUUGGAAUGGAGUAUAUUUUAGUGGAAUACCAGAUCUACAUAAUAACACCAUUUUUGGCAUUAAUUUUGUCAGCAACAAGGAUAUGGUCUACUACACCUUUAGUGUCUUAAAUGAUAUUUUAAUCACUAGAACUGUGAUAAACCAAACAGGUUCACUUUAUCGCUAUGUAUGGGUGGAAGAUGAUGGAGAUUGGAGGACUUAUAGAUCCUUCCCGAUGGAGUUUUGUGACACGUAUGGCCUCUGUGGACCCUACGGGAACUGCGUCAGUACUCAAUCCCAAGCCUGCCAAUGUUUGAAAGGUUUCAGACCAAAGUCACCAGAAGCAUGGAUUUCAUCUGGGUGGAGUCAAGGAUGUGUACGCAAUAAACCAUUAAGCUGCAAAGACAAACUCACAGAGGGGUUUGUCAAAUUUAAAGGCCUCAAAGUUCCAGACACUACACGUACUUGGUUGGAUGAGAGUAUUGGUCUAGAGGAAUGUAGAGUCAAGUGCUUGAAUAAUUGUUCUUGCAUGGCCUUUACUAAUUUAGAUAUUAGAGGUGGAGGUAGUGGUUGUGUCAUGUGGUUUGGAGAUCUCAUUGACAUCAAACAGUUUGAAACUGGUGGCCAAGAUCUAUAUAUCAGGAUGGAUGCUUCAGAGUUAGAACCUGUACAUUGGCACAAGAAGAACACGCCAACAAUAGUUGCAUCCACCAUUGCUGCAAUUUGUGGAGUUCUUAUUCUGAGUACUUAUUUUAUUUGCAGAAUCCAGAGGAACAAUGAUGGAAAUGCAUUGAUAGGAGAUAACAAUGAUGUUGAUGAUCUUGACAUCCAAUUAUUUGAUCUAACAACAAUUACAAUAGCCACUAAUAACUUCUCCAAGGAAAAUAAGAUUGGAGAAGGUGGUUUUGGACCUGUAUACAAGGGAGUAUUAAUGGAUGGGCAAGAAAUAGCUGUAAAGACUCUAUCAAAAAGCUCAUGGCAGGGAGCAACAGAGUUCAUUAAUGAAGUAAAAUUGAUUGCAAAACUCCAGCAUCGGAAUCUUGUAAAACUUCUUGGAUGCUCCAUUCAAGGACAAGAGAAAAUGUUAAUUUAUGAGUACAUGGCAAAUGGCAGUCUAGACUUCUUUAUAUUUGAUGAUACAAAAAGUAAAUUGUUAGGGUGGCCUCAACGCUUAGAUAUAAUUUGUGGAAUUGCAAGAGGACUUAUGUACCUUCAUCAAGAUUCUCGAUUGAGGAUUAUCCAUAGAGAUCUCAAAGCAAGCAAUGUUUUGCUUGAUGAAAAUUUGAGCCCCAAAAUAUCAGAUUUUGGAUUAGCAAGAAUUUUUGGAGGAGAUCAAAUUGAAGGAAACACAAGGAGAAUAGUUGGGACAUAUGGGUAUAUGGCGCCAGAGUAUGCUUUUGAUGGGUUAUUUUCUGUGAAAUCUGAUGUCUUUAGUUUUGGCAUUUUAGUAUUGGAGAUUGUGUGUGGCAAGAAAAAUAAAGGACUUUAUCACACAGAUAAGAAUCUGAACCUUGUUGGUCAUGUAUGGACAACCUGGAAAGAGGGCAAAGCAUUAGAUUUGAUUGACUCAAACAUGAAGGAGUCAUGCAUUAUGUCAGAAGUACUUCGUUGUCUCCAUAUUGGACUUUUGUGUGUGCAACAAUACCCAAAAGAUAGGCCUACAAUGGCAUCCAUUAUUUUGAUGUUGGAGAGUCGCAUGGAAUUGAUGGAGCCUAAAGAAUGUGGUUUCAUUCCAAGAAAUGAUUCGGUUGAAGUAGAUUCAAGCUCAAGCCAUAAAGACACAUGUUCAACCAACGAUGUGACAAUUACAGUAUUAGAAGCUCGAUGAAUCUCAUGAAAGAUUAAUUGGAAACAGUGAAUUUAAAUAUAUGCAGUCAUUUGUAAAAAUUUAU